AAUCUUCACAUACUCAUCUGGAUCCGAUUCAUCAAGCGUUGUUGGAUCCUCACCCUCAUCCGCCAGCUCCUGCAUCUCGACAUUGAGGAGGCGAUGGCUACCAGAAAGGGGAAGCAGCCCAGGCUGGGCCCUAGUGAUCUCGAGGUGGCUCUUGAGGAAUGGGAUCGCCAACUCAUUAACCAGGAAGAUCUAGAGAAGGAUUUCGCGAUGGCAUGUAGCCUCGACCGCGCUGUACGGGACGAUGGAGCGACCAUUACGUUGUUCCAACAGGAGGAAGCGAGGGCACACGCCGAUCGCCAGUUGGCAAUGCGUAUUGCUCGCAUGGGCGGAAGAACGGAAAAUACAGCCCCUACGCCUUUCGGUGCUGAAAAGAUUUACCACAUGAAUGCAGGUCUGCCAUCCCCAAGUUAUAGCGCAUCACGAAAGCGAGCCCCCUCAAAGAGUCCCGAGGCCUCUGGUGAAGCCAAACCACUCAAGUCUUCCCAAGAGCACGAAGCCAAAGCGCCAAGCAAAGCACACUUGGAAAAGCGCAUGAAGCCCGAAAUUCCCGAAUCCUCCAAGAUGGCCAAGCCUCCGCAGGGUGUCCCCGUCUCUGAAUGCGCUUGUGUGUCAUGCAAUGACAUCAAAGAGUCCAUCGACAUAACCAAGGCACCAUGUCUCCAUAAUUACUGCACUGUUUGCCUCGUCCAACUCGUCGAGCUCGCGAUUCGCGACGAGUCAUUCUUUCCCCCGCGAUGCUGCAGACAGACUCUCCCUCUGUCUAUCAUCAGUGCCCUGAUCGGCCCGGAUCUGACUCGAAAAUACGAGGAAAAGAGCAUCGAACUCGCAGAUCCGUCAAGGACCUACUGCUCGAAUCAAAAUUGCUCGGCCUACAUCCUCCCAGAUCGAGUCUGCGGCUACAUCGGUACCUGUGGCAAGUGUGGGAAGACAACUUGCACAAUCUGCAAGCAGGCGUCGCAUAAGGGAAAAUGCCGAACAGCCGAAGAUGUUGUUCUCGAUGUUGCUACUGCGCAGAAGUGGCAACGAUGUCGAUGCGGCCACGUUGUUGAACUUAACACUGGUUGCAACCAUAUCACUUGCCGCUGCGGAUAUGAUUUCUGCUAUAUCUGCGCCAAAAAGUGGAAGACCUGUGAAUGUGCAACCUGGGACGAGAAUCGCCUCAUCGAUCGAGCCUACCAAGUCGCAGCUCGCCGACAUGCUCUACCAAACCAGCAAGCCGUACAGCAAGCGGCGGAGGGCAUGCGUGAUGGCCGAGUCUGCGAUCAUCCCGACAGAUGGCCUUCCAUGAAAGGACAAUUUGAAUGUGAGGUUUGCAAUAGAGUGAUGGAAUACUACAUCCUCGAAUGCCCCGACUGCAGAUUGCGGGCUUGUGUGAGAUGCCGACGGAACCGUCUUUGA